CUAGCAUGUUAUUGCUUGGUUUAAUGCUCGUCCAGAUGCUCGUCUGAGCAUUUGCACCUGCAGAACUACAUAGACAGCUGCAAGUCGAAUUAUGACGCAGCUCGCAAGAAGAUCCCAGAUAUCGUCAGUAUGGCAUCUUGGGUCAUUCGGCUGACGAAAGCCGACAAAGAAAAAACUCCCUUGCUGGUGAGAAUUUCACAGAAAGAAGGCGGGCAUGACUUGGACCUCGAUCUUCUUGCUACAGAUGGUGAUGCUGCAUAUGUAGGAAAGGUGCGCCAACGAAGCCUGAAGAAAUUGCGAGCCAAAGCCUACGAUGGAAGCGACGACGAUUGGACAGCAAUCCUGUUGCAUCUCUUCAGAUGUAAAACAGGACCGAACCUCACCGCGACACAAAAGACCAGCCUGGACGUAAAGUGUUCAGUAUCCGGUAAAGACCCGAAGGGCACGCUGACCAUAUCCCUACUCAACAAGAUUGAGGACAUCACCCAGCAAUUAGGCUCUAUUGAGUUGCCUCAAACCGAAGAUACCGAUGAGAUUGAUCUUUUUGGCUGGGCGGUCCAAGUCAUUGACAAACGAGAUGAGCUGGAAAAUACCACGGAGGAAUUUCAAGAGACGGCAAGACUGAAGGAUGAAGUCGUCAACGCCCUUCAGGAGCAAAUCGAUGAGUUGGUCAAGGCAAAAGCAGAACAUGAAGAGCAACUGCUUGCCAAAUUUGCUGCUCUGCUGAACGAGAAGAAGCUGAAAAUCCGCAAUAUGCAACGAGUUCUUAGUACGGCGCAGGCAGAUCCCAGCAAACUCAAAGAAUUCCAGGGAGCCAAAGGAGAUGCGGCUCCUUCGCGUACACGACGAGGGACAAAACGACGGGCAGAGCCAGAACAGACGGAAGAAAGCGACGGCUUUGAGACCAUGGAUGUUGAUGACGUCGUCAAUAAUCCAGACGAGCAUGUAUCUUCUGAGUCAGGGCACUCCACUCCCAGUCCAGGCCCUGAGGAGACCGCAAGUGAGGAUGAAGACGAGGAUGUUCCCCCAACAUCACGCCUCCGAUCUCAGACAAGAAGUAAGGAAUCUAGGGAGAAAAAGAUUCCAACUACUUUACCUCCUCGCCGAGAAUUGCCUUUUCCCAGGCAAGCUACUGGCAAAGUGAGAGGUGUGACAGACAAGCCAGAGAAAGCUGCUGGAUCUGCUACACCGGCAGACGAUGAAGACGAAGAGACUGCUAGCGAAGAUGAUGAGUUAUGAAAUAGUCAAACGCAAGGACAUGAUUCUCGAAUGCAUAACGAAUAACCGUAUGGGUUGAUAUGAUAAUCAUUGGCUUUUAGAUGCCGCUUUGAGUUCUCAUGGCCUCUGGAUUUGAGGCAUAUGCCGAGAC